AUGCCAAUCAGGCAUUCAAUGGAGGAUAGGAGAAGUGCCAAAACUAAACUGCCAAAAGAUGUUAAAUGGAAUCCGCCUAAGGAACAUUUCUACAAGCUAAAUACAGAUGGUGCUUAUUCGCAACACAAGGCAGGUAUAGGAGGAGUCAUUAGGAAUUCCAAAGCUGAAUGGAUCAUGGGCUUUGCGGGUGCUGCACCAUGUCACUCUGCCAUCUUUUCAGAGCUUUAUGCAUUAGCACAAGGCCUCAGAUAUGCCUAUGAAAGGAAUCUCACACCCCUUGAAGUGGAAGUGGAUGCAAAGGACAUUAUCUCUUUACUACAUACAGAAACUUUUGCUCUUUCAAACAUAAUUGCUGAUUGCAGGUACUAUCUGGACCGACUAGGUAAUCCUGCAGUCAAACAUGUGCACAGGGGGCAAAAUAUGAUAGCGGACCAACUAGCUAAGGAGGGCGACAAGUUUGGUAAUGUACGGGCACCAAGGGUGUUUGAAGCUGUUCCCUUUUUGGUUGCACCACAUUUUGAAAAUGAAAAAGGCUGCUCAAUUCAAAGCUGCUUAGGAUAG